AUGACAGAGUCUGUGAGGAUGCUUGGUCUCGCAGAACCACUUCACCAGAGAGUAUCUCAGAAGUUCAUGACAGCCUUCAAGGCCAAGGAUAUUCUGUUCUCUGAGACUAGCCUCGCCUAUCUCCAAGCUAGGGGAGGAGCUUCGUUUCAACUGCGAUACUGCCCUGCAUUGAAGAAGAAACCCCAAGGGGAUACCUCUGGCCCCAAAAAGGAGACGACGGGGUCUAAAUUCGAUCCUUUCGAGAACCCGCCUGCAGAGUUGCUAGUGGCUCGAAUCCCGGCCCAAAACACAUCGCACGCCUUGGUGUUGAACAAAUACCCGGUUAUCCACAACCAUUUCAUUAUUGCCACCGAGGCCAACAAACCGCAAACGGACCUUCUGGAGGAAGAUGAUAUUGGCCUAACCCAUGCUUGUCUGCGCGCUUGGCAAGACCAGCGGCAUGAUGGAAGCUCUCCACGUCUAUUUGCCUUCUUUAAUUCUGGUGAGCACAGUGGAGCAAGCCAGGUGCAUCGUCACUUACAGUUCCUGCCCGUGGAGGAUAUGGCAGGCUCGAACAAUCGAGAAUGGAGGCUUCUGAUCGACCGCAUGAAUGUGCCAGCUCAUCCAGAUCUACCACUGUUCCAAGACCCGUCGUUGCCAAUCUUGCAUUUCUCCACUCCCCUUGAACCUGGCGCUUCAGCAGCCGACUUGCACGGCAAAUAUAUACUACUCAUGAGAGCCGCACUCGGUGCCACUCAGUCCCCUGGCCAGCCGCUGGACCAAAACUUGGCAAUCGAACAAGACGGCAAAACUCUCAUCUCUUACAACCUGGCCAUGACCACGGAUCGAAUGGCAAUCUGCCCCAGGAGUCAAGAAGCUGCUUGCAUUCCCGGAGCUGGCGCAGAGAGUUCUGUAGCCAUCAAUGGCACAAUACUCGCGGGUACUCUCAUGGUCAAGGACGAAACAGAGUGGGAUGUCCUUCGACAAACUCAUUCGCUCAUAGACGAAAUCCUGGCUUCUAUUGGCUUUUCUUUGACAUCAUGGAAACAACAUAUGCGCGCAGCAAAAGCAUAA